AGAUUUCGGCUCGGUCAUGUGAUCAGCUGUGCCCAGUCACAGCUGAUCACAUGGGACAUGUACACUGACCAUCAGGGCACUAAUGAUCAGUGUGCCCUGAUGAUCAGUAUAGCCCCAGCAGUGCCACCUGUCAGUGUCCAUCAGUGCCACCUGCCAGUGCCCAUCAGUGUCACAUCAAUGCAACAUAUCAGUGCCUACCAGUGCACAUCAAUGCCACAUAUCAGUGAUCAUCUGAGCUGCCUUUCAGUGUCACCUAUCAGUGCUAGUCAGUGCCACAUAUCAAUGCCAAUCAGUGCCACCUCUCAGUGCUGCCAAUCAGUGCCACCUUUCAGUGCCAGUCAGUGCCGACUAUAAUUGCGCAUCAGUACCGCCUAUCAAUGCCAGUCAGUGCCACUUAACAGUGCCAGUCAGUGCCGCCUAUCAGUGCCAGCCAGUACCACCUAUCAGUGCCACCUAUCAGUGCCGCCUAUCAGUGCCAUAUAUGAGUGCUGCCUUUCAGUGCCCAUCAGUGAUGCCUGUCAAUGCCUAUCAGUGCCACCUACCAGUGCCUCCUAAUCAGUGCCCAUCAGUGCUACCUAUCAGUGCCCAUCACUGCAGCCACAUUAGUGCAUAUCAGUGAAGGAGAAAAAUCACUUAUUUACAAAAUUU